GUUUGCAGCGUUUUGAUCGUUUGUAUUGCGUUUUGGCCAUUUAUGUCGCUUUUUUUGUUUGCGGCGCGUAUGCCCUUGUCGGCCACCGUAACCAUUAGAACACAAGAGUGAUGGUUGUUGGAAAUGGAUCUCUGCACCCUUAUGUAGAUAUUCCAUUUGAAAUCAGCCAUUUCUAGCUAGAAUAGCCAUUUACCACAUUAACAAUGUCUAGACUUUAUUUUUGAUUCAUUUAAUGUUAUCUUCAUUGAAAAUUACGCUUUUCUUUCAAAAAUAAGGAUAUUUCCAAGUAACCCCUUUUAAACGGUAGUGUCCAAUAAGCUUAAUUUUCACGACUGAGACACCAUUGAAGUCCUUAGAUCAAGCAGAGUUCAAAGCACUGGUACAGAUAACUGCUGCAGUGCUUAGAGCCUGCACAUCCAAAACUCCACAUACUCCAUCUAGUCCAAAACAGCCAAACAGGAUGUGACAUCACAUUGCUAACAACCAUUCUUAAGGUAAUUUACAUUUUAAAAAAUGCUAUAAGUGGUUACAGCCAUGCUUUUGACAUGAUCAGAUCAAGUUGUCAUGGCAACGGUGCCUUGCUGAACUGCUUGGCUCCCUCAUUGCUGCUUGCUAUAUUUCAUGUAUGAGUUUUUCAUGUAGAAGAUAAGUGGAAAUGGUGACUCACCAACAGAUGUAUCUGUGGGUAUGUACUUUAGAGCCUAAAAUGUAUCUUCUAUUGGCAAAUUUUGAAUUCUGUUGUUUUUUGGAGAGACAGAAAUAUUACGAUCAUCUGUGAUGCAGCACAAUGCAUCCAUGCCACAAGUGAUGCUUACAAGAUGCAAGUUGGAUCUCACCUUCUCCAAUACCUUGUUCCUUUGCAUUAAAGUUUAUGUUUGUUAUUCCUGUUGCUGCUGUAUAUCUUGUUUUCAUCUUCUUUGUCGACAUUUUAAUUGUUAUUGUUGCUGUUUUUAUUAAUGUUAUUUGUAAGGCAACAGCAAAUGAGAAACAUUGGAUUGAUGGUAAUUACGAUGAUAUCCCCUAAAACUGAAAAGAACAAAACACAGAAGCAAGUGAUGCCACUGGUGAUUAUGGCAGCGGGCCAGGAGCAGACAGUGAUGAAAACGAUGAGAGUGCAGACGGUGGUGAGCCAGCAGCAGCAGCAGCUGGCAAACGUUCAGGCCGUAAACGGCAUGGCCCAUUGAUCGAGGAGACAGUUAGUGGUAAGAUUACGGGCAUUGAUUUAACUGCUGCAUGGGAAGCACUGUCAGUGCACAAUGUCAUUUUGUGAGUAAAUGACUUCCCAGUGGUUUGAGGGUUAACAGAAUAAAGGUGUAAGACCAUUGAGCAGAAGCCUAUAUUUGAUCUCUAAUUGUUUAGAUGGUGUUUUAGGCUGAUCAGAGUGCAACUAGAGUGGAAGUAACCUUGAGUGUGCCUCAAGACGCUAAUCAAAUCUGAUACACUAAUGGUUUUCUUCCCGUAUAGCACACUGCAUAAUUAUUUUUUCUGUUGUUGCAAAAGUGGAAAUAAUAAAAAACAUACUUAUGUGUUUGUAAAUAACAGAACAGUUUUGCUUACAUAUUUUUACUUCUCUGACUUACAGGUUGGAUAUCAGCAGACAAUUUACAGUUUAUUUUUGCCUACUUGUGUCUCUUAUGUAUUCGUUUGAAGACCGUGACUGUGUGUGUUUGUGUGUGUGCGAUGUUAAAAUGCCUCUGUGCUCUGUGUGCAUCUCUGUUAACAUCCUUGCUUGCCUUUUUAAAUGUUAAUUCAGGAUGAGUCGGUGCAUUGAGGUUAAUCAUUUAAAUGAGCAACUGCAGAACCAAUUGUGUAUUUGAUACAACGGAAACACUUGUGUUUCGACGCACUCUUACAUAAGUGGAAGAUGGAAGACACUGAGCUGACCUUGGAGGAUGACUAUGUUCUAAACCAUUUUUUUUUAUGUGACUGAAGCCUGAAUUCACGUCAGACAGAAAAAAAAUGAUACAUCUUGCACUCUCCAAGGAACUGUCAGUGUCCCAUGGGGAAAAUUUUACAUUUUAAGAGCCUGUCUUUCUUUCAAGGCUAAUUAAGCAAACAGAGGCAAAUGAAUAACUCUGUGAAGAUGUUCUUAUGAGCUGUGCCAAGAGUUCAACUCCUUUAAGCUGAAGAAGGCCAAACAAGACACUCAAGCUACACUUUCACAAAGAAGACAUCUUCAUCAAGUUUCAGUCCAAUGCUCACUUCUUACAUCCUUUAUUAAACGGUCCUCAAAUGUGGUAUGUUGAGUGAUUUAUAAGUAGACAAUAAAGCACAAAUCAACAGAAAUGCUGAAAGAAGAUGCAAACUGUUGCUAUUUCAAAAGUGAAGUAAGUGUGUACAUACUUGGAUUACAUACAAGUGAGUAGCCCAUGCAUCUCCGUAUAUACAUGAAUGCAUGAAAUCAUUGUAACUGCACAUUCACAAUUAUGUACAACAAUGAAUUGUAUGUAGACUGAGCAUGUGAUGUAUACAUUCACUAACUUGCUGGUUGUUCAAUAUUCAGAUCCUGGAGUUCACUUUCAUGCUGGCCUGUCGGACUGCAAAGCAAUCAUUGGAGAAGCAGCAGAGCUGGAGUGUAAACUGAGCAGUGAAGAGUGUGAGGGAAUCUGGUACAAAGAUGGAGAAGAGGUGAAAUCAUCUGAGGGUAUCACAAUUUCAAAAGAGGGAAGUUUCCACAGGCUGAAAAUUCACAAAGUCACUGAGGAAUUUGCUGGAACAUAUAAAUUUGAGGCAGAUGGGCGGAAGACCGAGGCCACAAUUGCUGUUGAAGAUCCACCCCGAUUUGAUACUGAGGAACUGGAAGCAUUUAAAACCCCUGUAACUGUGAAAAAAGGACACAAGGCUACUUUCAAAUUAUCUUAUAUUGGACGGGAACCAUUAAAAGUUCAGUGGUACCUUGAGGGUGAAGAGCUUUCUGAUGAAUCCACCAUCAAGCUCGAGCACUCAGACGGAUGUACUAAUUUGCUUCUAAUGAAGCUGCAGCGCAAAGACAGCGGUGAAGUGAAGAUCAAACUCAAAAAUGAGUUUGGCACUGUGGAGGCCUUCAGCCAGCUUAUUGUACUGGAUAAACCCACUCCUCCAAUGGGGCCCCUGGAGAUUGUUGAAGCGUCCUCCUCUGCAAUUGACUUCAAGUGGAGACCCCCAAAAGACAGCGGUGGCUGCAAGAUAGGCAACUAUAUCCUUGAAAGACAACAAGUCGGUCGCAACACCUGGAAGAAAGUAGGGCCAAUUGGUCCGGAGGCCAAAUACAGGGACCUCGAUGUAGACCAUGGCAGGCGGUACUGCUACCGCAUCAGAGUAGAGACUGAGAUGGGCACCAGUGAGCUGAUGGAAACAGAGGACAUUCAAGCUGGUACAAAAGCAUACCCUGGACCCCCAUCUGCACCAAAGGUUGUCACUGCCUUUAAGGACUGCAUCAACCUGACCUGGAGUCCUCCUUCUGACACUGGAGGAACCAAUAUUCUGGGAUACAACCUUGAGAAACGCAAGAAGGGCAGCAACCUGUGGGGCCAAGUCAACCCACUCGAAGAAAUGAUCAAAGGUAAAGGAUGUGCUGUAAAAGAUGUGGUGGAGGGCAUGGAGUAUGAAUUCCGCGUGUCAGCAAUCAAUAACUCUGGAGCCGGUGAAUUCAGCACACCAUCUGAGUUUGUGUUUGCCAGAGACCCUAAAAAGCCUCCUGGUAAAGUCAUUGACUUUAAAGUGACAGAUUCCUCCUACACAACCCUCUCUCUGUCUUGGACCAAACCCAAGGACAUUGAGGGGGUUGAAGAUGAAGCCAAGGGAUAUUAUGUGGAAAUCAGGCCUGCAGAGAACACAGAAUGGGAUCGCUGCAACUCUAAUGCAAUAACCAUGACUACCUAUACUGUGAAAGGCAUGAAGUCAAUGGGCAUGUACUGGGUGAGAGUCGUUGCUACAAAUGAUGGAGGAGAAGGAGAGCCACAGGAGCUGGAUAAUUACAUCCUCGCUAUGCCCCCUCCUGUGAGGCCACGAUUCACUGAUGCCAAAAUCAAGAGUUUCAUGGUGGUGAGAGCAGGAAAUUCUGCAAGAUUCAAUAUUAACUUUGAGGCUUCCCCUUGGCCAGAGGUAAUCUGGCUGAAAGAUGGAGUGCCAGUGUCUAAAAAAGUGACCAUCAGCAAUGCAGAGGGCACAUCUCAGCUUCUGAUUCCUUCUGCUGAGCGCACAGAUACUGGAAUCUACACUAUCAUUGUCAAAAAUAUUGUUGGCCAAGAAACAAUCAGUAUUGAAAUUAGAGUCACAGAUGAGCCUAAACCACCAGGUCCUGUGGAACUUGAUGAAAACGUACCUGGCACAGUGACCGUUUCAUGGACUGCAUCCCCUGAUGAGAAGCGUGAUGACAGGCUGCACUACAUGGUGAUGAAGCGUGAUUCCAACAAAAGAACAUGGAACACAGUUGCAGACCGAAUCUUCAACAAUAAAUUCACAGCCUGCAACAUAAUGCCAGGGAGAGAAUACCAGUUUAGAGUCUAUGCAAAGAACGACAUGGGCUCCUCAAAACCCUCCGAGUCACCAAAAUGGCUAAUUUCUACCAAAAAAGAAAAGUUCAAAGUGACCAUGCCAGAAUCGAAGCCCUGUAAUCUACAGUCUCCUCCCAAAUUCCUUGUCCCUCUGAAAAUGCAUACCGCUCCUCAGGGCUAUGAAUGCUAUAUGAGCUGUGCUGUGAAAGGGGAUCCAACACCUUCGAUGACAUGGCUCCGAAACAAUAUCAGCCUGAACACCAACACUAAUUACUUUAUCUCCAACACAUGUGGAGUCUGCUCUCUGCUCAUACUGAGAGUUGGUCCUAAAGACACCGGCGAGUACAAGAUUGUUGCAGAAAACUCAAUGGGAAGGGCAGAGUGCUCCACUAAACUGACCGUCAGAGAAUAAGUAAACAAACAUACCCAAGAUGAUGAAAUUGCUAUAAACCCCUAAACUAAACCAAGAUUUUGAUCAUUUACUGUAUCUUUCAGAAUGGAAACCCUGUCAGAUGGAGAUUGUGUUGUUAUUUAUUAAUGCUGAUGAAACCUUCUUUGUAGAUUGUUUUGCAUUGGAUUCACAAAUUGUUCAAAAUUCAAGUCACAAUAAUUACUUAGGUCUACAAAUGUUGCUGAUACACUAACAUGUUUGAUUUUAAUUGUAACAUCAACAAAUGGAAGCAUUCAAUAUAAUAGUGCACACUGUAUGGCCAUAUUAUGUUAAAUUUGUUAAACUGUUGUUAAAUUGCAGUGAUUUACUGAUUUUCAUUGUUGACCUAAAGCUGCAGCAAUAAUCUGCUUGUGUUUUUCAGUUUAUUUUAGAUCCAAGAUACUUCCACAUGUUUAGCAAUAGUUUGGUUGCAAUUGCUAUUUUUCAGUAACUGUAGAUGUGUCAUCUUCCCCUAAACAAAUGUCUAAAAUGAUAAAACACACUGAAAUUAAAUUUAUAUGCUACAGAUUCUGGUGAUAGUAUGUCAUGCAUAUCAAAAUGUGUGUGGGUUUGGUAUAAAUAAAUAUUUCAUACUGCA